UCUUUUAUUAGUUUUUAUUGUGAAUCAAGGUUAAAAAUAAAAGUUCUCUCGUCGCACAGUGCGAGAUUAUGUCACACUUUUCACAAAACCGUAACUAAUUUGUCCAUUUUUCGUCAAAAACAUCAGAAACAUGCGAAGUUUCGAAGUGACAUUCCUACUUUUCGUCACAUUCCCACUAAAUACGAUGGUUGUCAUUAAGCCACGAUACGUAAUUGGCUCGCAAUCCGAAGUUGCAAGUGGAUCACCUAUCAUCUGGGUUCUCGGAGGCCCUGGCUGUGGAAAAGGCACGCAAUGCGAUCGCAUCAUCGCCAAAUACGGCUUUUCGCACUUUAGUACCGGAGAUUUGUUGCGUGCUGAAGUUGCUUCGGGCUCGCCCAAAGGCAAGGAGUUGCAAGACAUGAUGACGAAGGGUCUCUUGGUGUCGAAUCAAAUUGUUCUCGAGUUGUUGGAGGCAGCAAUGAACAAAGUCGCAAAUACCCCGGGAUUUUUGAUCGACGGAUAUCCACGUGAGCCCGCACAAGGACCUGAAUUCGAGAAAAUUAUCGCACCUGUUGACAUUAUUUUGUACUUUGAGUGCUCUGAUAACACUUUGGUUACUCGGAUCAUGAAACGUGCUGCCGAAUCAGCAGUUAAGCGUGCCGAUGACAACGAGGAGACUCUUAAAACCAGAAUCGCCACGUUCAGAGAGAAUACCGAGAAGAUUCUCGCACAAUAUCCAAGCCAAUUGCGAAGAAUUGACGCUGAACGUGAUGUCGAUACCAUCUUUGCCGAUGUCACCAAAGCCAUCGAUGAUUGUCUAGCCACCAAAAAAACCAAAGCUGCUGUUGCACAAUAAGCUUUUCACCAAAAAUUUUAAUAUAAAAAUCGUCAAAUUUUAAACUUUUACGCUUAAAUCGUUCGAAAUUGUCUUAUUUAUUAACGUUUUUCGGAGAAACAAAUGUAAUUUUUGUGUAAAAAUUCAAUUUUAGAAAAUUUAUUAAAACAAAUAUUAUUUAUUGAA